GUAAUUAAGCUGAGUUACCUGACAGACGAAACGCCUAUAUGUUGAAGAGAUAAUCUACUGGGAAAGAAAUUCGGUUCUUCACUACUUACCAAAUAUAAUGGCGGCACUGACUGAGAGCAAAUCGGCACGAAAACAUAUUUCAUCCACCCCUCAUCUCGAUGUUUCUGCGGACGAUGCGAACGAUACGUUCCAAAGCAUCGAUAAGCUUCAAGCAGCAGGCAUUAACGCUGCUGACAUCAACAAACUGAAGCAAGCCGGCUACUGCACCGUUCUGUCUAUUGUUCAGACGACUAAGAAGGAACUAUGCCUUGUAAAGGGAAUUUCAGAAGCCAAAGUCGAGAAGAUCGUUGAAGCAGCUGCUAAAUUGGGCAUGUGCAAUGCUUUCAUCACGGGUGUUGAGUUGGUCCAAAAACGAGGGCGAGUCAUCAAGAUAACCACUGGGUCUGACCAGCUCGAUCAGCUUCUUGGAGGUGGUUUCGAGACUAUGUCAAUCACUGAAUUAUUUGGGGAAAACCGAUGUGGCAAAACGCAACUAUGCCAUACGGUCUGUGUCACCGCGCAACUACCUCGUGACAUGAAGGGAGGAUGUGGCAAGGUCUGUUACAUAGAUACGGAAGGAACGUUCCGACCAGAGAAAAUCCAGGGGAUUGCCGAGCGUUUUGGAUUGGAUGGAGAUGGGGUGCUUGACAAUAUCAUGUACGCACGGGCUUUCACCACUGAGCACAUGCAUCAGCUCCUUACCCUCGCUGCCGCAAAGAUGUGCGAGGAACGAUUUUCUGUUCUCAUCGUGGACUCGAUCAUUGCCCUUUUCCGAGUGGAUUUCUCUGGAAGGGGAGAACUAGCAGACAGACAACAGAAGCUCAACAGGAUGCUUAGCAUCAUGAUGAAGUUGGCUGAGCAGUAUAACCUGGCAGUAAUGCUAACGAAUCAAGUCAUGUCCGAUCCAGGAGGAGGAUUAACUUUCACUGCGAACCCCACAAAACCGGUGGGCGGUCACGUUCUCGGCCAUGCGUCAACGACACGCCUUUCCAUGCGCAAGGGCAAAGGUGAUCAACGCAUUGUAAAAGUGUACGAUGCACCUAAUUUGCCGGAAUCUGAGUGUAUCAUUCAGUUGUCCUCCAGAGGAAUAAUUGAUGUCAUUGAGUGAAAUUUGGCUCUCUCACUGGCUCUCCCAAUUUUACAAUACACUGCAGAUGUGUCCCCUGGAGGUCGAUGAUACCGAAAGCGUUGUUUUGUUGUUUGGUUCUUAAGAAAGAGAUGUCCAAGCUUUGAACGGCAUGUUUUCUUAUGAAGCUAUACCAAGACCCUGAAAGACAGGAAUUCUAGAUUUCCUAUCCGCCUUCUGAUUGCCAACGCUGCGGCACAUGAGUACUUGCAUGCAUAAGUUGAAGAAGGAAAGCUGCACAUUUUGAGUAUGCAUCAGUUCCCACAUCUGAGAGACUCCGCGUCUGGUUUCAUACCCACCCUGUGACAAUGGAUGCAAAGCUGGGUCGGCCAACCUGAGAUGCACACCUCGUUGCACAACAUGAAGGUGCCGCUGGCUGCAUUGGCAGGCUUUCCGCUAGCUUAUGACUUGAUGAGAACAACGGGCUCCCCUCUCGUAACACGGUAUCGGGUGUGCAUUU